AUGCCGUACAGAGCAACAACAGAAAAAGAAAUGACCAAAGGAGAAGAGCCUCAACGAGGGGCAGAGGCAGAAAUGCCUAAAAGUAGUGAAAGAUGGAUAAAGGGAAGCAAAGUGAGAAGUGUAAAAACCACCCAUAUAUAUAGUGGGAUAGACGUGCAAACUCUAAAAAAGGUAGAUUACAUAGAAAUGCCCAUACAGAAGGACAGUGCUGAGAGGCUUGAACAGAACAGAUGUAUCAUAGACAAAGAGUACUUGCCCACAGUGCUAUACUUCUGGGUGGAAAAGGGCAUUCUAACCAUCAUAUCCAAGCCAAGGGGGCAGCAGCUUCUUCCCAUGCUGCUUUCAGGACGGGAUCAGCGCAUUUUCCCCGGUUCUAUUCUGUGCAAUAUCUCCAGAAAGAUUCUGGAAACAGCUGCACAAUUAGAGAGGGACCAGACAAAAAACAAAGUUACAAUGGAUAGCAUCACUAUUUCAGAAAAAGGUGAGAUAUACAUACACAAUGACGGCAUCUGGAAGGAUAUUGUUGAAGCAUGCCCGUCCGAAACGCAGAACGAAGAGGAAAGACUGCGCGAGCUGGGCAUGGCUCUUCUCUCACUGGGAACCGGAGAGAUGCUAGAGGGGGUUUCUAUGUUCUCUGAUAUAGACAUAGACAACGAAGAGAUGCAGUGCAAAGUGCUUGAGCAGGUCAUAAGGAUCAGCAUUCCCUGUUUUAAAGAGGUAGUGCUUUCUCUGCUUGGAAAUAAAUAUACCCCACAGCUUCUUGAAGAGACACUUGCACUCCACUUUUUCUACCCAGAAGAGGAGCAGGAGAUAGAGCCGUGCCGGUGCGAGGCCGAGGACUAUCUGAAUGGAGGGGACAUGGAGGAGAUGUACUACAAUGAAAAAGAGUUUGGGCAGAGCCAGAAGAAAACCGAAGAGAUAUACGACUCUGCGGCAGGCGUGUCCGUAAAGGCAUCAACUCUUGAUAAAACAAAGUUUGCAUUCCAGAUGCACUUUUUUAAGAGCAGCAAAAAAGUCUCUUUCUUCUUUAACAAAAAUGCAGACACAGUUGCUAGUGUGGUGAAAGAGAUGGAGGAUGAAGGCCUUGCAGAGGAAAGUGAGAUAGAGCUAAUAAAGGCCCACAUGGAAAAUCUAAUGAUUAAAAUAGGCGAGAGCACUGCAGAUGAGACAAACGAAGAGAAAGAGCCAGAGACAAGCGGACCAGCCGCCACACCAGUGUCUUUGACAGCUGGGGAGGAGAGCGACGCAUUGAAAAAAGAAAAAGAUGGAAGUGAAGCAGGCCCUGCGAGCACUACUACACAGGUAGAAGGCUCGGAAGACAGCAGUGACUAUUCCAUGAAGGAGUUCAAGGAUACGCAGCCUAUCAGCGAGUUUGUUUCUGAGGUCGCCCUAGUUGCAAAGCGUGCAAAGAGCAUAGCUGAUGGAUGGGCUGGGCUUCUGAGAAAACAGGACAUCAAAACAGUGGGAGACCUGCGCAUGCUUACAGAGGAGGACUGGGAAAUGCUUAAGCUUCCUGUCUUCGCCUCGCGGGCCAUGAAGAACAUUCUGUAUGGAGAAGCAUACACUCUCUUCCGGGAAAAGAUGCUUGGAAUUGACGAGCGCCUGAAAGAGUACGUGAAUGAAAGCACAGUAGAAGAUCUUCUAUCAGAAACAGCCCAGAACCACGGAAGGCCUGAGAUGUUUAAUGUGUGGCUCCAGAAAGUCAAGUGCCAGGACAUACGAACAGUUGGAGAGCUAAAGCUUCUAACAGAGGAAGACUGGGAGCAGCUGGAUCUGUCGGUUUUCUCGUACCGGGCAAUACGAAAUGCAAUAUUUAGGCACUGCAAAUGCUAA